AUGAGUGAUCCUCUUGAAUAGGUUUAUGAUGCAUUAGAUGCUUUAGAUUAUGCAAAAGCAAUUGAGAUUGCCACGAAAGAAGCUGAAAAAUAAGAUCCUGAUUAGUUUUUAUUUAGAAGAUUGAUUGGAAAAUCUUUACUUGACGAAUAUUUUAAAAAAAAAGAAACUUAGGGGGAUUUUAAAUUGUCAAAAAAGGCUUAUGAGGAACUAUUAAAAAGCUGGACACUCUAGAAAGAGGAAAAUGAAGACUCUUUAUUAUUGUUGUCUGAUGCUGAACUCGCAUUGGGUAUGUUUAAUGAGGCCAAAGCCCAUUACUCUGAAUUAUCUGUUCUUUUAAAGAAUGGAAACACAUAAUCUGCUUCUUUAUCUGAUUGUUAUAAAGGAAUUGCAGAUUGUGAAAUGGGGUUGGGUAAAUAUGAGGAAGCAAUAAAAUAAUAUUAGAAUGUAAUAGAUAGAAAAGACAAGAAUGAAAAUACAGACUUUUCAAAAGUAUAUAAGGAUAGAGCAGUUUGUUUUUAUAAUAUUGGUGAUUAUAAGAGUGCUGAAGCAGAUAUAAGAGAAGCACUUAAAUUAAAUCCAAUAAUGCCUAAAUUAUAUGCAUUAUAAGCUAAUAUAUUUCAAGCAUAAAAUAAAUAUGAUGAAGCAGAGAAGUUUAUAGAUAAAGUUCAUAAAGAUUGUUUAAAUGAUCCAGUGAUUUUGGAUGCUAAGGGAAGGAUUUAUCUUAAUUAAUUGAAAUAUGAUAAAGCUGAAUAGGUUUUUAAAUCAUUUUAAGGAAUAGAAGCUUAAUUAGGACUUGCUUAAUCAUAUUUAAAAUAAAAGAAAUAUAAUGAAGCUAUAGAAUAAUAUGAAUUAAUAUUGAAAAGUGAUCCAACAAAUUUGAAAGCAAUUAAUAAUUUAGGUAUUUGUUAUUUUGAGACAUAAAAAUGGGAAUAAGCAAAGAGUUAAUUUUUUGCUGUAUUAAAAGAAAAUAAGGAUGAUGAAAUUGCAUUGGGUAAUUUAUCUGAUAUAGAAAUAAAAUUGGCAGUAUUAAAUAAAGAUGGUAAAUAAGAAGAACAUUUAAAAGAAGCAAUAAGACUAUGUGAAAUGAUAAAAAAAACAGCAGAUCCAUUUGAGAGAGCAGUAGUAUUUAAUCGUUUAGGUUUGUGUUAUAAAAUGUAAAACAAAUAUAAAGAGGCUGAAGAUGCAUAUAUAAAUUGUAUUGCAGCUGAACCAAGAUUUGCUUUAGCUUGGAGUAAUAAAGCAUAAGUGGAAUUAAUAUUAGGAAAGCCAGGAGAAUCAUUAGCAAGUUUAAGGAAAUCAGAAGAAUUAUUAAAUGAUCCAUUUUCAAAGAGAACUUUAUAAAAUUCUCAUAUAGUUUUUAUUAAAGAUGGAUUAAAGAAGAUUGUAGAAUUAUAAGAGGUAUUUGGAAAAGCAGCAGAUGAAAUAAAAGCAAAGAUGGACACUAUGUUAAAAAGACCUAAUAUAUUAGCUGGUCAUAAAAAUAUAACAAAAGAAUAUGAAGAAUUAGAAAAAUAAAGAAUUGAAAUGUUGAAGAAAUAAUAUGAUAAAAUAUAAACAAAUGAAAGUAAGAGUACUGAAGAUGAUAAAGAUUAUGAAAUGUUAUAGUAACAAAUUUAAUAAUUAAAGUAAAAGAUUGAAAAUUAAUCUAAAGAAAUAGAUGAAAUAGAAAAGAAAUAAUAAGAAUAAGCAAAAAGAACACUAGCAUUAGAAUAAAGAGUGAAUAAAAUGAGAGAUACAUUAAGAGCAGCAGGAGUUUAUGAUUAAGUUAAAAUUAAAACAUGGAUGAAUGAAAAUAGAAAUUCAGAAGAAGGUAAAUAUGCAAAAGCAUUUUAUUGGACAUUACUUAAUUAUAUAGAUUCAUAUAGAGCAGCUAGUACAGGAAUAUUAUAAACAAAUGUAGAACAUGCUGAAAUUGAUAGUAAAGUUAGUACUGGUGUCAAAUUAGCUAAAAAAGCUAUUGAAGUAGGAUCAUCUCUUUGUGAAAGUUUACCUUUAGUAGGUAGUAUUUUUAAAGUUAUUGAUGGUGCUAUUGAUUAUUGUUAUUCGGAAUAUAAAUAAAAGAAAUUUGAAGAUAAAGUAAAUUCUAUUAAUAAAAUUAUUAUGGAAAAUCAUACAGCUAAUACUUCAGAAGAUUUAAGUUAAGUAAUAACAAAAGCAGCUAUUGAAAUAGCCAAAAAAAAAUCUACGGCUAAAGUUUUCAUUUAAUUAUAAUUUGAAUUAGAAAAUCCUAAACCUCCUGGAACGAUUGAUAAAAUCACUGGAUUUUUUACUGCAAAAAUUAAUUAAAUUAGAGAAUAUGCAUUAGGAAAAUAAAUUGAAUUAUAUGAUUCUGUUGGAGGAGGAGAAGCUUUAAAAGAUGUUAUUUUAUGUUUAGCACAUUUAUAAAAGAAUUUUGAAGAUGUUAUUAAAAAAUCUGAAACUAUUUUAUUAGAUGUUUAAAUUGAAUAAAUUGUAACUGAAAAAAUUUAAACUCUUCUUAAAGAUGUAAAAUAAGUUCCAAACACCUUAGAUCCAAUUAAAGAAGAUGAUUGGGAAGUUCCCUAAUAAACUCCAGAGUAAAUUAAAUUCCUUUAAGAAGAAAAGGCUAGAAAAGAUUAAUUAAAUUAAGAAGCACAAAAGAAGAAGUAAUAAGUAGCAGAACAAUAAAAAGAUUAAUAAUAAUAAUAAUAAUAAUAAUAAUAAUAAUAAUAAUAAUAAUAAUAAUAAUAAUAAUAAUAAGCAACUUAAUAAUAAUAGCCUCCUCCAUAAUAAUAAACUCCUCCUCCUUAACAAUAAUAAUAAUAGGCACCUCCUUAAUAACCACCAUAAUAGCCUCCUACUUCAUAAUCAUAAUAAUAACCACCUCCAUAAUAACAUUAACCUUAAUAUUAAUAAGAAGAAGAAAAUGUAUAGGUUUAAAAACAAAAUAAACCUAUUGAAGUUGGAGGUCAAGAUAAAUAAGAUAAUAAAUAGGAGAAUAAAUAAACUGAAUAAUGUAUAUUAUUUAAUUUAUAUCAUAGCACGAGAUAGUGGUUGUUGUAUUAUUUACUGAGAGCAUUAAAAUCAAGAAG